AUGCUCAGUCUACUCGUGAAAGCGACAACAUGCAUCGCUUUGCUAUUAUGCCUGACUUGGUAUGGGCAGACUCAUUUUUAUCGUGACCCUGGUAGUGUCUUCUUCGACAAGGCACGAGCAUACGAGACACGGUACUCCGAACAUCGCAAGGCCCAAGUUGAGAAGCUAAUAAACUCGUACCCGGAGCUGAAAAAGCCGGCUCUGGGCAAGGCACGAAAUGGAAACAAACUUCUCUGCGUAGCACUGAGCUCUGUGAAGCGUGAGACACAAUACCUCCCCACGACAAUAGGGAGUAUGGUACACAGCCUCGUGAAGGAAGAACGAGACGAUCUACAUAUAUCUGUCCUGAUAGCGGAAACCGAUCCGAGACGCCAUCCGGGCUGGAACCACCAAUGGCUAAACCGUGCGGCCGACGACAUCUUUACCUACGAUCUCAACGAUACACAAACGAAACACCUGAACGACCUCGAACAAAAUGGACGAUAUCAAGAAAAAGGCGUCUUCGAUUACACUUACGCCCUUGAACGAUGUUACGCCACCGGCGCAUUAUAUGUUGGCAUGUUUGAGGAUGACAUCAUUCUUGCCGAGGGAUGGUUUAUGAGAUUUCUACAAGGACUGUCACAGAUAUCUGACUCUGGCAACUGGCUCUUCAUGCGUCUUUUCAACCAAGAGAGAUCAACAGGGUGGUCGAGUCGGGAGAUUGGCGGAAACAACGAAUUCUUGAUUAUCCUAGGCAUUGACAUAGGAAUCGCAGCCUCGGUGUGGUUUGUACGUCGACAAUGGCGAGGUUCACGCAAGUAUCUUGACCUGGAGACACUCGCGGUAACAGCCUUUAUACUGGUACCGGGACUGAUAGUACUGCUGUACCAGUCGGGAAAAGCAUCACUAUUUCCCCCGCCCCCUGGAGUAUUCAAAGAACCUUUCGGAUGUUGCUCGCAAGCAAUGGUUUUCCCAAGAGCUAAGGUCCCCUUGCUGAUUGGUAGCCUAAAGGAAAGGAGGGAAGGGCAGAUAGACUUGAUGCUCGACGAGAUUGCUUCGAGCAAUGGUCUUGAUAGAUAUGCUUUAUAUCCAGUUCAGGCACAGCAUAUUGGAAUCGAUUCAGCAAGAAAGACAACAAAAGACGAAGCCCAAGCCAUCUGGAGCAUGGCCUUUGAAAAUCAGAACCCCAGAAUUCUCAAGAAAGAGCACAGCAAACUCCUUGAAAAGUACGAAUUAUGGCGUGAGAAGGUUGAGCAAGAUGCUCUCGACUCUAUGUAUCUCGAUGAGUUAUCAUAG